AUGGCAUCACGCUUCUCAGUCCGCAGGCUUCUGAAGCCGUUGGCGUAUGGCACCGGCCUCGCUGUUGCAGGCGCUACAGGCAUGUAUAUUGUCUAUCGGCCUCGGAACUUGCCAGGAGCAGAAUCACUGGCCCCGAAACCCCCGAAACGAGACGAGAACGGGGACAUCAUCCCCCCAAAAUUCCCAUACAUCAAGACACGAGCCGAACAGAUCGCUGAUCUCAAAAAAUCCUCCUCGGGCCCCUCCUCUGAGAUAUAUGACCUCCUGGUGGUCGGCGGUGGAGCCACGGGCACAGGCAUUGCGCUUGACGCAGCCACAAGAGGCUUGAAAGUUGCGCUUGUGGAAAGAGACGAUUUCAGCAGUGGCACGAGCAGCAAAUCCACAAAGCUCGUCCAUGGUGGCGUGCGAUAUCUCGAGAAAGCCGUGUGGAACCUGGAUUGGAACCAAUACCAGCUGGUAAGAGAGGCAUUAAAGGAACGGAAAAGCUUCCUGUACACAGCACCUCAUCUGUCAUCGUGGCUCCCGAUCAUGCUGCCUUUACAGGCAUGGUGGCAAGCGCCGUACUUCUGGGCCGGUACCAAAUUCUACGACCUCUUAGCCGGGUCGGAAGGCAUAGAGAGCUCUUACUUCCUACCUAGGAGUAAAGCUCUCGAAGCAUUUCCUAUGCUAAAGAAGGACAACUUGAUAGGAGCGCUCGUCUAUUAUGAUGGUCAGCACAAUGAUUCCCGGAUGAACGUCUCACUGGCCAUGACCGCCACACUGUAUGGCACGACCACAGUCAACCACCUUGAAGUGACGGGUCUGGAGAAAGACGCAAGUGGCAAGUUGACGGGCGCCCGCGUCAGGGAUCUCAUUGCGGACAAGGACGGCCAAGGAGCAAGCGGAGAAUUCACCGUGAAAGCUAAGGGCAUUAUCAACGCCACAGGCCCGUUCUGUGACGCAAUCCGGCAAAUGGACUCGCCCAGCGAAAAAGAGAUUGUGGCUCCGAGCCUCGGAGUCCACGUCGUGCUUCCUGGCUAUCUCAGUCCCCAGAAGAUGGGCUUGAUCGACCCCUCCACUUCGGACGGCCGAGUCAUCUUCUUCCUCCCUUGGCAAGGCAACACGAUCGCAGGCACCACGGACGCGCCCUGUGCCAUAUCUCAGGAUCCGGUAGCAGGCGAAAAAGACAUCGAAUGGAUCUUGGACGAGAUCCGCACAUAUCUAACUCCGGAUAUUGAUGUUCGAAGAUCGGACAUUCUUGCUGCAUGGUCAGGAAUUCGCCCCCUCGUUCGAGACCCCAAUUCAAAAAACACCGAGUCGCUCGUUCGCAGCCAUCUGGUAUCGGUCUCUGACUCGGGCCUUCUCACCUGUGCCGGAGGCAAGUGGACGACGUACCGACAAAUGGCGGAGGAAGCAGUCGACAAAGCGAUCGAGGUUUUCAAGCUGCAGCCCAAACCGGUCACUUUCGUGCCAGACCUUGCUGGCAUUAACGGCAUCGAUCCCUCGGUCCGCUUGUUGGACGGCACAUGUCAGACCCAUCGGAUCCGACUAGUUGGCGCGCACGGUUAUUCGACUACUCUCUUCAUCAAUUUGAUUCAGCACUUCGGUCUCGACAUGGACGUCGCAAAGCAUUUAGCGUCGGACUACGGUGACCGCGCGUGGGAUGUUGCCGCCUUGUCUGCUCCGACCGACAACACGGAGCACUAUCCUCUGCGCGGCCAGCGCCUCUCCUCGUUGUACCCUUUCAUUGACGGGGAGGUCCGGUAUGCCGUCCGCAGCGAAUACGCUCAAACUGCGGUGGAUGUCCUUGCAAGACGCACGAGAUUGAGUUUUCUGAACGCGCAAGCUGCUCUUCAUGCUCUUCCCAAGGUCAUUGACAUAAUGGCCGAGGAGCUCAGUUGGAGCAAGCAGCGAAAAGAGGCUGAGUGGAGAGACACGGUUCAAUUUCUCGCCAGCAUGGGUUUACCGAGAGACAUGCUACAAAUCACUCGCGAGCAAGUCCUGCGAGGAGAAAUGGCAUCGAGCAUUCUUGCACCAGCAAAAGGCGCAUCGAAGGGAGUUGUGCCUUUAAAACCAACGCUUGAGCCAGCCUCGGAGGCGCAUGGGACGCUGCCGUGA